GUCUCUCCGUCGCUGUCUAUGUGUUGAACGCAUUCACAGCUAAAGUGUUGUCUGUUUUGAGUGUUUAUCUCAAAGCCAUUACAGCACUGACUGUCAAACACUGCAACCAAUCGACCACUCAUUCAAUGGGCUAUACGUCCAGACAUUUUACGGACAAUUAAUGUCUGCUUUUAAUUGUAAUUGUAUUUCAAUUGUAGACUUCAUUCACGCGAUUGUCGCCCAAAACUGUUCACUUGUUUUUUGAAUCACAAAAAUGAUUACAUUUUUCCGUUCAUUCAGCCGUUAAUUGGUUUCGCAUUUCAUUUCCACUCCUGUUUUAACUCCCAUUUUACGGAUCCGUUGCCACCACUCGAGACAUUGACCACCGCUUCAGACACUCGGAGGACAUUAUCAGACAAUGAGUCCCAAUCACCACAAGACUAUGGGCUCGCAGUUGGCGGACAACAGUCCCGACUCUUUACUCCACACUUGUGUCCAGUUUGUGGUCAAAGAGGGCAUUGACUUACGAGGCGUUUCCCUACCACAAGAAAUCUGUGAUCUACUCAUUCAAGUAUACCGCGAGACACACCUAAACAGCGAACUCAUGAGCGAAUCGUUUACGAAGUUUUUGUCGCAAUUUCGGUCCAACAAUAGCCGCAUCUGUUCCGCGAAGUUCGCCGACCUGUCCAUCACCGACGAGACACUCGAGUCCUUCCUGGAGGAGCACUCGAAGACUGUCACCCACUUAGACAUAUCCAACUGUUCCCAUCUGACCACCACUGCCUUGCAGCACAUCAACACCAUACUGACCCGG